GUUCAUGGAACUAGUUCACGGAGAUUGGAACUAGUUUACACUGCUUAUUUUCUUACAACUGCGUUACCGACCGUUAUCGAUAGCACGAUAAAUAUAGUCAUCGAAGAAGGUCCAUCGCUAGAGAGUUAUCGGAAUCGAUCCAUCGCUAAAAACCCUGUUAAUUGCGCUAAUUAACGUUGCUUUUGUGCCACAAUUUUUUCGUUUUUGGCCUCGCCCGUCAUCGUCGUUCUGUGUGUAUUCGUAAAGCAGUGCGCCGCGUUGAUUCGCUGCUCCACUUUGGGCCCAAAGCGGAUUACACGUUCAGGGAAAGUGUGCCAACGCCACACGACGACGCCCCCAAUCGACUGGCAAACGCAAGCGGAAGCGGAACAAAGAGGCGGACCACGCUCCACUGGACGCACGCAGACCGCGCCCCUAAGGUGGCAGCUGCAAGAUGCACCUCAGCGCGGACAUAUCCAGUGCCCUGCAACAGAUCGAGGCUGUGAAGAAGGGCAUCGACGAGUCCGAUGAUCCCAAGUUGCAGAUGCAGACGGCGGAGAGCCUCAGCACGAUUUUGGGCAUCCUGCAAGACCCGGUCUUCCGCACCAUUGUCCAUGUGCAGGACUCCCUGUCCGAGCUGAACGCCCAGCUGGGCCAGCACCCGUCCAUGUUGCCCAACGACUUUGACAUCGAUGUGGCAGGCAACCUUGUGCUAAGCUUGAAUGGCGGCGAGGUGAUGUACGACUACGACGAGCAACGGUCCUCCUCGCAUUCGCAUUCGGCUCCCGGUAGUCCGGACAAGUCGGGCGGCACCGGCGAGGAACCGCGACCCCAAAGCCAAAACUCGAAGGGAGCAGCUGGAGCGGAUCUGUAUGCCACGGACUAUGCCCAGAUCCAGGCCAUAGAGCUAGUUAACGACGGUACGGGCCUGGGAUUCGGUAUUAUCGGGGCCCGCAACUCUGGAGUAAUUGUGAAGACCAUUCUGCCGGGAGGCGUGGCCGAUAGAGACGGACGUCUGCGGUCGGGUGAUCAUAUCCUGCAGAUAGGAGAAGUUAAUUUGCACGAGAUGGUCUCUGAGCAAGUGGCCGCCGUAUUGAGGCAGUCUGGAACGCAUGUCCGUUUGGUGGUAGCCCGUCCCGUCGAGCAGAGUGUUCCCACGCCGCAGUAUAGCCUAGAACCAGGCACUGCCGUGGUGCCCACUCGCGUUCUUGUCGAUCCCGCCGAGCUGGAGCGAUAUCUCAUCUCUACCGGGUACCCAGAGAUAUUUGGCGAAAGCUCUACGGCUUCAACGCCCCAGACGACCACUGAAGAUGAUCGAUUCGUGUAUCGCGGCGAGACGUCUAUGCUGAUUGAUCCCAGCAUUGAUCUCGAAGAGCUGCUGGCCCUACCGGAGACGGAAAAGCUGCAGGUGGAGCUGAAGAAGGACGCCAAUGGACUGGGCAUCACCAUCGCAGGCUACGUGUGCGAAAAGGAGGAGCUGUCUGGCAUUUUUGUGAAGAGCGUUUCACCUGGUUCGGCAGCGGACCUAAGUGGUCGCAUUCGAGUCAACGACCGCAUCAUCGAGGUGGACGGCCAGUCGCUGCAGGGCUACUCCAAUCACCAGGCCGUCGAGCUGCUCAAGAAGUCCGGUCAGGUGGUGAAUCUUCGCUUGGAGCGGUAUCUGCGUGGCCCCAAGUUCGAGCAGUUGCAGCAGGCCAUUGCUGCCAACGAUAAGCUGCCAUCUAGUGCUCCUGGAACGCCUUCGAGGGCCCCGCUGCCGACGCCAGUGACCACCACGCCUUCAGCGACGACAACACCAUCACGCAGUCUUACCAGGGAACUGGAAGAGGAAACGGCAUUGCCAGCACCCGAGGCCUUCAUGGCCUCACCGCCAUCGGCUGCCACCUUGACCACGACAACGCUUAGCACUUUCGGUGCUGGUAAGCAGCUAGUGGCGGUCAGGGACUCACUGGACGGUUCCACCAAGAUCAUACCAACGGAGGUGGUUUCUCUGGCAGAUAAAACAGAGGCCAAGAACACUGGUGUAAUCACGCGUCACAAGUACUACACUGAUCCGGAGCUCACCGAUGACAUGGAGACGGAAAUCAUCCGGAAGUGGCAGAAAAUCGUCGGCUCUGAUGUGGAGGUUAUUGUGGCACAAAUCAAAAAGUUUGCCGUGGGCGGAUUAGGGAUCUCUUUGGAGGGCACCGUGGACGUAGAGGGUGGACGUGAGGUGAGGCCCCAUCACUACAUCCGGUCAAUUUUGCCCGACGGUCCUGUGGGCGUUAAUGGAGUGCUCCGCUCAGGUGACGAGCUGCUGGAGGUUAAUGGCGAACGUCUGCUGGGCAUGAACCAUCUCGAAGUGGUCGCCAUACUCAAGGAGCUGCCGCUGGAUGUGCGCAUGGUGUGCGGCCGCAACAGGAACAGCACUUCGCUGCUGCCCUUCUCCGAUGACACUCUGAAGAAGCUGAGCAACAACUUUGAGAACCUGCUGCCCGCUACCGAUCGCCUGGUGAAGGCCAAAUCGGACGGUAGUCUUGCCACCGCUGGAUCCGUGGCCGAUGGCGAUUCGGUAGCCGCUGCAGCUGCCUCAUUCAACAAGCUCAAGUCACGGUCGUUGGAGCCGUUGACCGGAUUGGCCAUGUGGUCCUCGCAGCCGCAAAUAAUCGAAUUGGUAAAAGGUGAUCGCGGUCUGGGCUUCUCCAUACUGGACUAUCAGGAUCCGCUGGAUCCCAACGAUACACUAAUUGUCAUCCGUUCUUUGGUGCCCGGAGGCGUGGCGCAAUUGGAUGGGCGCCUGAUUCCGGGCGACCGACUGCUGUUCGUUAAUUCUAUUAAUUUGGAGAAUGCCUCGCUGGACCAAGCCGUACAGGCCUUAAAGGGUGCUCCCAAGGGAGUGGUGCGCAUCGGAGUGGCCAAGCCGCUUCCCAUGACUGACAACUCGCUGAAGGCCUGCAGCAAUGCGAGCACCACUAGCGAGGAGACGUUGGAUGCGCAGAUAUCGCCACCUGCCUUGCCCGCGGUAGCACCGCCCGCUAUGCCGCCCACUGCCACAGCCACUGCCGCCAAGGGAGCCGAGCCGGAUCUGAUUCCCGACUGGCGCAACUGAAUCUUUACGUCAUGUUCCCGUUUUCAAUCAAAUUUGGUGCCAACCGAGUCUUUGAGGCCGUUUUACCAUCAUAUAUUUAUUUAGACUAAAUGCUAUGCUUUAGAACGUAAUACUUCCGAGCCCUGAUUUACAUCUUUAUGAGCUCUGGAUGGGCCAAAUUUGAUUGAAGUUCGGCAACAAUAAUUGAUUGUUAUAAUCGAA